UCUUUAGCCCUAACGUAAGGAGGGGCGGUGAAUAAGCAGAUCUUUGAAGGCCGGGAAAGUUCAGAAAGCUCCUGAAGCCCCUGCAGUGCCCACUGCUGAAGAGUUCCAUCCCUGAGAGUCCUCGGCGUCAAAGCCUCAGGUUGUCUUGCUCGGAUGCACUGUGGCCUAUCCGGUCCACGUUCCGGCACCCGGCGAGAAGGGAGGGAAGCCAGUCUGCCGACGAUGAAAGAGGAAAGCAUGUGCCCAGAUUCACCGGAAGGCAGCCUGGUCACCAGCGAUGAAGAAAGCGAGAGGUUGCCCAAGAAGGGUCUUCGCAAGAGGAGCCAGCUGGGCAAGCCGCAGACUUCUUCGGCACCGCGGGAGUGCAGCACUCCUUCCCCACAGGGUAAGCGCAGCAAGCGUAGCCCCGUGCCACAGACCUUUGAGGACAUGCACACGCAGCGGGUGAUCGCCAACGUGCGGGAGCGCCAGCGCACCCAGUCACUGAACGACGCCUUUGCCGAACUCCGCAAAAUCAUCCCCACGCUGCCUUCCGACAAACUCAGCAAGAUCCAAACGCUCAAGCUGGCCGCCCGCUACAUCGACUUCCUCUACCAGGUCCUCCAGAGCGAUGAGCUGGACCACAAGAUCACCAGCUGCAACUACCUGGCCCACGAGAGGCUCAGCUAUGCCUUCUCAGUCUGGAGGAUGGAAGGGGCAUGGUCCAUGUCAGCAUCCCACUGAGAUCCGGUUGGAAGGUAUCCUCAGGAAGAAAGCCACCACGCGCCAUGGUUCUGCCUCAGACCAGAGCAGUGACGAGACGCCUAUCUUCCAGGUGCUUUCCCAUCACCAGCAAGAUGGAAAGGAGGCCCAACGUGGAUAUAGGAGUGGAGAGACUCCCACGCUUUCUUGCCAUGGCUUUGGGAAGCACGACGCCUCGUAGCAGUGACCUCAAUAGGCACGGACGACUUUGCUUGUAACAAGCCGAUCGCAAAAUGUCUACAGAACUCUUUCAGGAGCUAAUUUAUUUCCUUUUGAAUUUGCAGGUUUUAAGAAAAGUCUUUUUUUAAAAAAAUAGCUUUCCAUUUCCUAAGAGAGUUGGCUUUCUUCUCGGACUAACUUCGUUUCUUUGAGGAGAAGACCCCAAACCCACAAGGCCUUAAACUUUUUCAAAGUGAGCCGCUUCCUGCUCUAUAUUCCAGCCAGGGCUAAGUUUCUAAAAGCAGCAUAGCUGGAGAGCUUACUCAAAAUAUUACUUCGGAAGGCUGAUUCCCCCUUCUCCAUGAGGGUGAGGGCUGGUCCUGGUUACUUGGGCGAACGGAAGUGUAUUCUGCACAUGCUCAGGAACACAGCCUUUCAGAAUUAUCAUUUCAUAUUCCAGGGCUGGUAUUAAAA